ACUCCAACGCGGAGCAGUGGGCGGGAAGGGGGAGAAAAGAGCGCGGGAAAGACCACCGAUUUUGCUAGGGUUCGCGGCUCCCACUUCUCGCUGCUGCCUUCAAACACCGCCACCGCCAGCCGCCGCGCGCAGGGGAGGGAGGGACGAUGCCGCGGAAGGCCACCAAGGAAGCCGAGCCCCAGGCGGCGGCCGCCGCGCAAGACGAGCCCGCCCCGGCAACGGCGGCCAAGAUGGCCGAGGUGGAGGUGGAGGAGCUGCCCAAGGCCAUCGUGCGCCGCCUGGUCAAGGACAAGCUCGCCCACGUCGCCGGCGGCGGGGAAGGCGCCGAGGUCAUCGUCAACAAGGACGCCAUGGCCGCGUUCGCCGAGAGCGCACGCAUCUUCAUCCACUACCUCUCCGCCACUGCCAAUGAUAUGUGCAAGGAAUCAAAGAGGCAGACCAUCAAUGCUGAUGAUGUCCUUAAGGCGCUUGAUGAGAUGGAGUUUUCAGAGUUUGUAGAGCCCCUUAGGACCUCACUGCAAGAAUUCAGAAACAAAAAUGCAGACAAAAGGUCAGAAGCAAGCAAAAAACAAAAGGAGAAGAGAAGGAAACUAAAUGAAGAGUCUCUUCCACAGAAGGAAAAUGAUCCAGCUGAUGAUGCCGAGGAGAAUGAUGAUUAGCUUUUCUGCUGGAGUUAUAGUUACAUGCAGAAACCUAAGGUGUUACCGUUAUGUUGUUAGUUGUAGGCACUGUGCUGCAUGUUACCUCUGUUCUGCAGAACUUACUGUAGAGAUAUGGAGCUGUAUAAUUCAAUUCAAGUGUCCUGCUAUCAGUUUCCAGCUCUCAGAUAGCUAUAGAAUUCUGCUCCUGAUGAAUGAUGUUUUAUGAGCAGCAUCAGCAAUAUAUUGUUGCAAAUUGCUGGUGUUUAUUCUACCUCUAGUCAAAUAGCUUAUCACGCAUCCUGUUUAGAUGUUGAAAUUGAAUGUGCCGUGUCGCUUGCAGUUGUA